AUGAUGACCCUUAGAAAAUCCAGGAAUCCAUGUUUCGGAUCCGAUGGGAUCCGAGUAUGGGGUUGUUCGACCUGGGCAGCUAAAAUAGAAGAUAUCAAAGUAAGUGUCGCAUCACUCAUGAAUCUGUAUCGUACAUUGUCGGCAAUGAUUCACAAUUCUACAGUUCCAUAUGAAGAUGAUAAAUUACCGAUUCUAGAUAUUGUUGAUGGUCAAUUCACUCGCCAGUUUUGGUUUUGGUUGUUGAAAACAGUCUUAUUCGAUUUAUCUUGCAAAACGAGCGAAAGUAUUGAAAUCCCAUCAAGACCAAAACCAUAUCAAAACCAAUACCAAAACUGCCAAAACCUUAUCAAAACCUAUACUGCAAAACCAAAACUAAAUCAAAACCAAAUCCUCAAAACCCAAGAGGUUUGGUAUUGGCGCAUGUCUAGCCAGGAACUGCUCGGAUAUUUUCUGUGCAAUCCCGGUCGGAAUCCGGCGGCAAGGAACCUGCUGGAAUCGGCGAAAACUAUGCCGGAAUCGAGAAGAGUUGUACCGGAACCGACUCAGAUUUCAACGGAUCCAGUCUCCGGAAUGAUCGAUCUGGGUCGUUCUGAUGCCUUGGCUCUGGCUUCAUUUUAUAAACUGACAUUGCCAAAUAUUGAAUUUGAAUUCGUCACAAACAUUGUCCAUUACUCUGCUGAUUCAACAGAUCUAUUUAAUCGAAUGGAUUUAAACAAUAGUUUGAACAUGUCCACUACUAUGAGGAAUGAAUCAAACGAACAGUCCCUCAAACGAAAAUUAUUUCAUGAAAAUCAAGAAAAUGAAAUUCAGCUGAUCUCAACUUCGAACAUUUGA